UUGAUGCAAAAGUUAGCGGAUGUUACAGCAAAAUAUAACAAAAAGAAGAGAAAGUUACAGAAAUGUGAUAGAAUAGCUGCUGCCAAACAACAUGUAAGACAAAGACUAGCAGAACAAUCAAAUAAAUGUUCACCUGGCAAACCAUCAUCAGCAAAUGAAUCAGACUCAGAAAUAUCAAAAAGAUUACCAUCUGUUUUUGAAGCAGUGGAAAAUAACAAUAUGUGUUCAUGUGACAUUGAAUGUACAGGUCAUGGAGAGACACAGAUUAGGAAGGUGGGACAAUGCUCCACUAAGAGGCACAGCGUCACUUUCUUGCUUAAUGAAAACAAUCUAGCAGAUGAUGAUGUGAUGGUGGUUCAGUCACAAGAUCUUUUCGAAGAUCUCUCACAAACUGAUACAGCAAAUUAUUGUGAUGUUAGUGAAUUACCAGUUGAAUCAAGGAAUCAAAGUGAUGAUGCAGCCCAUUUAUCCUCACUGGAGAGCAUAUGUCUUGGGGCAUCAACAGUUGAGAGAAAAUGUGAUUUUCCUGAAGAUGACAGUCACUGUGUAACUUUGUCCAAUUUUGAUACAGUUUUAGCAAAUACAAAUGAAAAUAAAACAUGUACACCCUUGAAAUCAUCUACAAAAGAUGGUUUAGAAAAUGGUCAACUUUUCUCUCCAUUAACCAAGACAAGUUCAAAUGAUGUGAAAUCUAGGAUGGAAUGCAGUUCCUCUAAGACUUUUGAUUUAACUGCAAUUGCUUGCAACAUUUCUUCAUGUCCAACUGCGACCGAUAGUGGUGAUGUUAAUUGGGAAAACACUUCUGUAACUGAUUCAUGCUCCACAUGUUUGAAUGAACAGGAAAUGCCAACAAAGAAAAGCACUUUACAAAUGACUGAUUCAGUAGUUGGACCUGAAAAAUCUGCAAAGUCUGUCAGUAAUAGCUGCAAUGUUACUAAAUCAUUCAUCAGAGACAAAUGUGAAGAUCAGAACAACAAGAUGCAAGAUGACACAACAGAGGAACCAAAUACAUUACAUGUACAAGAAGUUAAUUCAGAGAGAUUUGCAAAAAAUAUCCAACAACCUGCCAAUACUGCCAAAGUUUUUCAAGUUCCUGGUAGUCAGGAUCUUCAUUCUGUGAGUCCAACUGCAGUUCCAGAAUCAGAUCUAUCUGAUUGUCACUCUCAGGAAUCUCAAUCUUUGCUUAUUGGAUUGAUAGCAGAAGACAAUAUCACCAAUGUUAACAGCGAAAUGCAACGAAUGACUGACUUAGAACGAUUUACAAGCAAUAACUCAGAAUCUAUUGGUUUACAGGGUAACUCAAAGACUGAUAUGGAAUGUGUAGAGCAAGUUCAACUAAAAAACUUUACAGAUACUGAAAUUGUAAUACCAGAAAAACAAAGAAUACUUGCUUCACCAGUAAAUAAUUUUGGUGUCAUUGAACGGAUGUCAGGUUCAGUCCAAAAUAAACCUGACAAUCUUCAGAUACACAUUAACAACAGGGAAUUAUCUGAAUUGGAAAAUAUUGUAGUUUCAACUCCAUCCUGCUCCCGGUUUAAAUCAAUCGAUAACCCUAUUGUCUCACCACUCUACAUGACUCCAUGUGAAAUGGUCAAAUCAAGGCACAGGAAGUGUCGACAGUCACAGAAACCUACACCUGCCAGUCGUCGAAGAUCAAGGAGAACUCCCAAAAGUGCUUAUAAUCAACAAUGUGAACCAAUAAUCAAAUAUGAAAGCAGUGACUAUGAAACUAACACUCUUUCCUAUACGACUAGUAGCUCUAAUUCUGGAACUGUUGAUACACAGCAACUAAAAGAUAAUUUUAAAUAUGACACUGAUGGCAAAGUAUUUCCUGCUAUUUCAAGUGUAUUAACUGACAACAGAAUACAAGAUUUCUUUCUUCCAGAUCAAGACUUUUGUAACCUGAAACUGAGUAAGCUAAAGGAGGUGUACAGUAAUGCCAGUUAUUCAGUAGAGUCACUAGUAGCUAAUCAAAGUAACUGUGAUAGUGACAGUGCAUCAAGUGUCAGUAGUUCCAUAGCUGGCAACGGUGGAAAAACAUCUCGCAUAAGAAGUAAACUCUCUAGGUCUUGGAAGAAACGUAUCGACAGUGAUUCCUUUGAGAGUUCAUGCUCUUUGACCAGCACCGAUGAAAAGCCUAUAAAGGAAUAUUGUUGUGUCAAAGAAAAUAAUCUCACAAUGGAGAAUGACAUGACUGAAAUGAAAACCUGUCUCCCAGACAUUGUCUCAUCACCAUCAAAAGUUACACAAGAUAAGCAACCACAGGGUAGGGGUAGAGGCAGAGGUAGAGGCAGAGGCAGAGGUAGAGGCAGGGGCAGACCACCCAAAGUACUAAAAAACAGGCUUCCUCAGAAAGAAAAUGUACUAGAGAGCAAACAAGAAAGUGAUGAUUUGUCAUAUCCGGUUUGUCUUCCAUUGCCUGAUUUUAGCCAAUCUGUUAGUGCAAAUAGUGAUGAUUGUUUAGUUGCAAAGGAAGGCUCUCCUGCAUCCUAUUUGAUAUCAGACAGAGAGAACAAUUCUAGCAUUACUGUAAGCACACAAGAGGAUUCAGAAAAAGAUUGUGGCAGUGAUGAAGCAGUUAAAGGUAAAGUAAUAUUACAGCAACCAAAUACCAUUGGGGUUAAACGAAAAAGAGGAAGACCACCAAAAAAGAAAAAGAGAAAGUUUGAGCAGUCAGAAAGGAACACUUUAUUUGCUAGUCAGAAAAGCAGUGGAAAUUUAGUGUUCCCGGUUUCCUUCCCACAAACUGGAGAUAGCCCAGUGUUUGUUAACCAGAAGGACCAGAGUCAGGAAGGGCAUCUCCAGUGCAAGAGUGUCCCACGCAGAGAGGUGGAUGGCCGCAUCCAAGACAACAUUGGGACAACUGCAUUAUACCAAAGUGACCCAUUUGGUAAGGUAUCUAUAGAAAAAGAUUCCCCACAGAUGUCAAUAUUUCAGGCUGAGUAUUCACAGAAACCUGUAUCACAAUAUUCAGAACCACAGUACCUCAAAGAUUCCACUGUGUGUAAUAAUAGCAAUGAACUCAUGCUACAGUCUGUUGAUAAUAUUGAAUAUCAAAACAUACCUCACUCUAGUAAUUCUGACAAGCUUGGAUUUACAAAACCUAGUAUAGAUCUCCCUACCGAUGACCCACCACCAUUUGCACACAGAGAACAUCCUCAGAGCCAGCACAGUGAUGUACCAGAAUUAUCACCAGUACACGUCCCACCUGUUAUUCUACCAUCUAUAUCUCAGUCACAGUGUAGUCAUGAUGAACAGUUUGAUGUUCUACAAUUUGCCGCAUGCCUGAAGCACCAGUCUGUGAAUGAGCAAGUACGAUCUAUCCACUACACGUCUCUUGUACAUCAUUCUAAGACAGUGGAUAUCAUUGUUACAUGUCUCUCACAGUCUCUUGCCAUAUGGAUGGAAAAUAGUAUCACUGAAGACUGGACAAUUGUAAUGGCGCACUCCUUUCUUGAGAAUGAAGUAACUUCUCUAAUGGAUGUGAUUACACACAGUGAAUACUUUAUUGUGGUUGUUGGAGGCAAACUACAGCAAACAUGUGUUAGAGUAUUUAGAUUUGAUCUUGAAAAAAAUGAAAAGGAAAUUCUAGAUCUGUGUGACAAUACUGAUGAGUUUAUAACACUGGUAUGUCUUAAUAGACAAGUUAUUGUGUCUUUAAAUAAUGGGUAUAGUGACUUCAGAGUGAUCAGUGUUUUCAUGGAUACACAGUAUAGACAGGUAGUCGGUAUAGUGUGUAUGCAAUCUGGUAAUUCAUCAGUUACAUCACUGUCUGUAGUCAAAGGUGAAGAGAAUCUAGUCAUGGGUACAACUAGAAACAAGAUAAUUCUGUGGAAUACUUGUAAUGGUGACACACUACUCACUAUUGAUAUGCAAGAACAGUUGACUUCAUCAGUUGCAUGGUACUCUGAGAUUGAAUCAGGCUUGCUGUUUGUGUUAUUGGGAAAUAAGGAUCCUAGCAGUCAGCCAGAACACCAGACUGUAUCCUCCUCACAUGGUAAUCUACAAUGUAGUGUAUGUACAUUAGUUGUUAUAAACCCAAUGAAUGGAAGAUUAUCUAUGAUCAAUCAGUAUUAUAAAUCUAAUUUGACAGAAAACAAAAGUUGUCUGCAUGGUUGUGUUCAGGACAACUACAUCUCCUGUAUUCUAGAUGAUGGAACAGUGACAACUUGGGAUAUGUUUUCUGGACAGAUAGUUGCAGAACUGCCAAAUUGCAAUGCUACAUGCAUUGCCUUGAACCAAAACCGAAAUAGACUUUGCAUCGGGAUUGACCAGUGCUGUGUACAUAUAUAUAAAUGUUAG